AUGCAGCCAAACAGACCCUUAGGCCACACUAGCCAUUUGACUAUAAGUCUAGAAUCAAAACCGACGGACGAAGGCUUUUGGCUUCUGAUCCCAGUUCCUGUGGCGCAUAUACUGGAACAGGGCCCCACUUUCCGUUGGGUGCUGGUGGCAAGGAAGGAAGCACCCUUUUGCAGCUUGCAUCCAGGGAUGCUAGGGAAAUCAUUGGCUUCUCCUCUCUUGACCUUUGGUUCUGCAACACCCUUCUGCUUUUCCGCUGCUGAUCUUGCCACUGCUAAGCCAAAUAUCGUGUUGUUCAAUGUGAACUUCUCUAAUGGUCUUCCACAAGAUGUGCUCAGAGGAGCUAGGUCCACCAAUUUCUCUCCUAAGAAAUGGGCAAUACAUUCAACCGCACAAAUUGAAAAUUUAACUUUGAGCAAUGAAGAUAGGAAGACGUGGGAAGCAUGCAGGCAAGCUCUAUCUGCAUUCAGUUUAAGUGUUGAGGAGGAAGACAAGAUACUUGGAAAAGCAUUUGGCCAGUUUCAUUCACCCUACUGGGGUGAAGAACGUAAAAGAGAAGUACCAAAAUUUGAAGUUGUCAAUGAAGUAUUGGAUUAUCUUAGGGGUUUAAGCCUUUCCAAUGAUGAUAUCUGCAAGUUGCUGAAAAAAUUUCCUGAAGUUCUUGGAUGUGGCCUUGAACAUGAGUUAAAAUCCAAUGUGCAGAUCUUGGAAAAGGAAUGGGGAAUAAAAGGGAAAUCCCUUCGCAACCUUCUUCUUCGAAACCCGAAAGUGUUGGGUUAUAAUGUUGAUUGUAAGGGAGAUUGCAUGGCACAAUGCACUCGAUGUUGGGUUCGGUUUUAGCUGUCUACUAGUUUAUAUGCUUUUCUCUGUAUACAAAAUGGAUCAUUUUACUAUACUGAAACUAAUGUUGAAGUUGACUUGAUUUGUAAGUUCAAAUGUAUUCAAUGAGAAUAUGCCUGUAUCAGUUCAUUUGAUCUAAAGAUCAUUUCUUUUUUCAAUCUGUAUCAGUUCAGAGUUCUUUGAAACUUGAAUGUUCAACUAUU